AUGACUUACUCACAUUCAAGAGCUGCACUUAAAGGUCACGGAUUAUUAAAAGAAAUAGUUCUGAAUGAAGAACGUCGAAAACUAGUAAUUCCAGCGUUGACAUUCGAUUGUACAGUUUCCCAAUUAGUUAUCGGUAAAUAUCACAUCAAUCUUAUUCCCUCUAAUGGUUUCGUUUGUAGCCUGAUUUCUAUCUUCAACAUUGCAUACAUCGUCAUCAAUCUCAUUUCACGCAUUGUUAGUGCCGGAUUCGGUAUUGAUCCUACACGAACAUCCCUUGCAUGGUGUAAAUUCAGACAGUUCUGCUUAUAUGCACUUCUUUUGAUCACAGUCACAUGCGCAUGUUUAGCAGCCAUUGAUCAAUACUUCGCAUCAUCACAGAAUGUGAGAAUUCGUCGCUGGAGUAACAUCCGAUGGGCUCGUCGAAUUGUCGUUAUUAUCUGGUGUAUUCAUGGCAUCCCACCUAUCUUGUAUUCAAAUAUCUCGCCUACAACAAAAGCCUGUGGAAAUAUGAAUGCAAGAUAUGCUGAUUACAUUCCUUUCUAUCUGUUGGGUUUGAUUUGUGCCAUUCCCAUCGUUGUAAUGGUGACAUUCGGAUAUCUCACUUAUCGCAACAUUCAUCUCACUCGUGCUCUUGUAAGACAAUAUGCUGAUCGACAACUGGUUCGAAUGGUUCUCUUUCAGAUCAUUCUUGUGAUCAUUAGCUUCUUUCCAUAUGGAAUAUACAGUGUGUAUAGUUUGGUGACGACUGGAUUAACCAAAGAUAGUUACCGGUUAUCACAAGAAGCAUAUGCACUAGCAGUUAUCAGUCUCGUAACUUAUUUUUAUUAUUGUGGAAGCUGUUAUGUAUUCGUACUAUCAUCGAGUCGCUUUCGUCGAUCUGUUCGAAACCAGAUAUUAUAUUGGUGGAAUCCAACCCAAAUCGAUCCAGCGAUAUGA